AUGGAUAUCAUACAAGAUGAAAAUAAGCACAGUUCAUCUGAAAAGACUGUGGAUUCCUUAGAAGAUUUAUGUGAAAAAGUUGUGGAAGAAACUUCUGCUGAUAAAGAAAUAAUGUCACAAACAAAGGAACCUGAAGAGAUUCCAGACACAGAAAAAAUGGAUAGUGCUAAAAGUUCUGAUGAAAUGAGCAAAUCAUUUUCAGAAGAACCUCAAAAAUCACAAGCUUUUACUAUAGAUUUUGGUGAUGGUAAACAAAUUGAUUCAACCAAACACAAAUUUCUUAUGGAUAAAUUAAAGAAAAGGCACCAACGAGGAGCAUCUUUAUCAAAACUUGAAGACACAAAACCAUCUAAAUCUACGAUGUCUAAAAGUAAAACCACACAAGGUGUAAGUAAAUUAGCAAAAACUAAUCAUAGCAAAGAAUCUGUGCAACCUGUGAAACAAAAUACUCGAGCUAGUGCAGGUAAAAAUAAAAUGCCAAUGUCAGUUAGUUUCCAUGAAUCAUCCAAUUUUGGGUUAGAUAGCAAAAGUCUCAGUCCGCGUACCAGUUUUCAUGAAAGCUAUUCAGAAGAAGUAAAUUUAUGCUCAUUACCAAAUAUAUCAACACACGAAGAAACAUUUGAACCUCCUCAUUCGACGAAAGAAUCAAAUAACGAUGUAAGCAAUGACUAUGAUUCAAAUAGUGAUGUUAGUGAAACUGGGACUUACACAAUUGAAAAUGAUACUUACACAGAAGAACAAAAGGCUAAGAUGAGUAUAGAUCAAAAACUAAAUUCUACCAAUACGGAAGUUAUUCGUAUUAGUAUCAAGUCAACAGGCUGUGAUAAUAAUAUAAAGCAUGAAGAAAGCCCUAUAUCAACAAAAAAUAUAAGUAAAACUAUUAUAAAUACCCAGGAUUUAACACCUGAUUGUUCUAACAAUGAAGAACUGGGUAAUUUUGUGUCCAACGGGCAUAAACAAUAUACUCCAAGUAAAGUAUCAUCAGACAAAAAUGUAUUAGAAGUAUCUUACUACUACGAGCCGCAAGAAGAAAGUAAAGCCAGGAGUAGAAAAUCUGUUUUAGAAAACAACAAAAAUAAAAAUGAGUUUGGUGUUCGAAAUGAAUUGGAUAUAUUACUGAAAAGAAAGAAAAGUUUGACUAAAUCUGAGAUAGAAUCCAGUGACUAUGUUGAACCUGAUAGCAAAUUAAACAACUCUCAAUUGUGUGAUCUGAACAAACCUUCUAAAGAUAAUAAUAAGUUUGAGAACAACUGGAUUUACGAAUGGGCCAAGUCGGCUUCAGAACACAACAGAAGAGAACGUGAUAAAGCAAAUAAUGAGUAUCGUUACAGGGACUCCAGUACAGAUAAUGCAAGUGAUUAUUAUGGAAAUAAACAGAAUUCUCAUAGAGCUAUGUCAUUGCCUUUAGGUAGAACGAAUAAUGAUAGGAUAAAUGAUUCUAUAGUGAAAAGGCCACCACGUCCUCCUUCUGCUAGUCCCACAAAAAUACCUUCUCCGAUCUCAACUUUAGCACGACCUAGAUCGAGAAAUAGUGUCAGUUUAUCUGGGAGCACUACUGAAUUAAAUUCUCCCAUUGCUGACACACAUGCAUACUUACGAAAUACCGAAGACGUGAUCAAUAUUUUAUCCUGCAGUCUUUCAAAUAGCACUGGACCUAAAGUAUCCAAUUAUGCAACUUACUCCGACAGUCGCAAUGGAUCACCCAUGCAUAGUUUAGAUUCUUCCACAUCACCAAAACACAUAUCUUAUGUCACCAUAUCAUCUGACGGUGAAACUAGGUUAUCGCAAAGCAAUGAUUAUAACACCAGACCUUUGAAGUCUGAAUCAAGCCCAACAUCACCAAAAAGAACAUUUGGACCUUCAAGGCAUAAAAGGCACUUCUCAUUUGAUAAUUCAUUGUCUAAAAUAGAGUUUGCUUCACCUUCACACAACAGACUGAUGAAUAAUUCGUUAACCCAAAAGAAUAAUUUAUCUAAAGCUGUUUAUGAGCAUUCCCACAAUCUAAAAAAGCACGAUUAUAUAGAAAAAAAUAACAAAGAUUUAGGAUAUGGUGAUCAACUACCACCCAAGCCUAUCAAAUGCUUUAUUAAUAAGAAUGAUACUAAUUCUAAACUGAAUAUUGAUCAAACAAUUUCGGUUUCCAAGGAUAACUUGUUGAAGAGCACAUUCAAGGACAAUAACUUGCAAAUCAACAAUAAAAAUUCUUUUAACGACGUCAGAAACAAAUUAGCAAAACACCAGAAUUCACCAAAUUCAAGCCCGAUCAGACGUUCUAGCUCAUUUUCUUCACAUGCAAAUGAUACUCCUUUGAGGAGCAGACAUAAUAACACUCCGUUCAUGGAUUCACCUAGGAGCACUAGGAAAUACACAAACUAUAACAAUUACCAUGACAACAACGAUAACUUCAGUGAUGGCAUCAAGUCCGAUUACGAAUACGAAAACGAUAAAACGACCCCAAAGCCUGAAAAAAUAAAAAAUACGCGUUGUAACCGCGCAUUCAGUUUACGACGAGCGAGACUAGAAUCCGAAAAAAGUGAUACAUCUGUAUCAGCAACCAAGCAACCUGCAUCCAAUUUUGUUCGUAACAAUGCUGAUUCUACCAGAAGAUCUGUCAGAAGUUCAUUUAGAGAAAAAAGCACUGGACCACGCGAUAUAAGUAUCAACAAGCGUCUUGCUAAUCCCAAACCAUCAGAAAACGUGAGUGAUGUAUCUUCUGCUGGACAGAAAAAAGUAACCGCGAGUGUGCAGCCAAGGUACAUGGAUAUUUCCAAGUAUAAAUCUCCAACUACUGCAUCAUUUUUGAAAAAAGAUGAGAGUAAAAGUUAUUUGGAAACUAAAAGUGUACCAGGAAGUGCUGCCAAAAAUAAAAAUCUGACCAGGAAUGAUGAUAUCAGAUUGAGUUUACGGUCUACAAGAAGCGCUGGCCCUGGGAAAGGUGUAAUUAAAAAGGACAUAGUUCCUGUACGAAAUCCCACAAAGGAGCAAGAGAUGGCAAAUUGGAAGCGCAGGGCCAAAUAUGAUCCUAUGAAAGCUGCUGCUGAAGGCAGAAAGAAGGCCGAAUUAGCUAAGAAAAUAGCUAGCUCCAACAUAAUGACCCAAUCAUUUAAUGAAAAUGAAAACUAUUCUCCAUUACAGAGCGGAGGAGCAGUUUUGAGGUCUCAAUCAUAUCAUGGGGCUGUUGGACUGGAAUGGCUAUCAGGGGGCAAUUCGAAGGCCUUUGGUUUCAAUCGAGGUGAAUCCAUAUCAGACACAAGUGACGAUGGAUUGAAUUACUAAUACACAAACUGCCGUCUGAUUAAUUUUAUGUAUGUGACAAUGUUUUAUAAAAGUGAGUCUGAUGCACUAAAUAUUUCUAACUCAUAAUUUCAUAUACAGCAGAAGAAAUUUUUAUUCGAAUCAAAUAAAACAAGCAAAAUAAGAAUAACACAUUCUUACUGCAAUGGUAUUUAAAUGUGAAAAGUCACAGUUUAAUAAUUUACGUAGUUUAUUCAAUAUUCUAUUAAAUAUUGAAUAAAUCGUCA